AGUCGUUCCUAUAUCCCAGACCUGCGACGUGUCAGUAUCUCACACACGCUUCAGACGCUUCCACACCAAGUCACAGGGAAACGGACAUAAUGCCAACCAAAGGCAGUAACAAGCAGCAGUCUGAGGAGGAUUUACUUCUGCAGGACUUCAGCAGAAACCUUUCAGCUAAAUCUACUGCACUGUUUUACGGGAACGCGCUGAUUGUGUCCGCCAUCCCGAUGUGGCUUUUCUGGAGGAUCUGGCACAUGGACCUGGUGCAGUCUGCUGUUCUGUACGCCGUCAUGACGCUAGUCAGCACGUACCUCGUGGCGUUCGCUUACAAGAACGUUAAAUUCGUCCUCAAGCACAAGGUCGCUCAGAAACGUGAAGACGCCGUCUCCAAGGAAGUGACCCGCAAACUGUCUGAGGCGGACAACCGCAAGAUGUCCCGCAAAGAGAAGGACGAGAGGAUUCUGUGGAAGAAGAACGAGGUGGCGGAUUACGAGGCCACGACUUUCUCCAUCUUCUACAACAACACUCUGUUCCUCGUGCUGGUCAUCAUCGCCUCCUUCUUCCUGCUGAAGAACUUCAACCCAACAGUGAACUACAUUCUGUCCAUGAGCGCCUCAUCUGGACUUAUUGCUCUGCUGUCCACAGGCUCAAAGUGAGAGAGAGAGACCAGAGAAAAUAAAAUGGAGGGAGAAGAGGGUUGAACAACACAGAGAGAGAGUGAGUGUGUGUGAGAGGGCGGGCGAGUGUGUGUGAGAGGGCGGGCGGGCGAGUGUGUGUGUGUGUGUGUGAGAGAGAGAGUGAGUGUGUCCAGGUCCAGUAAACAGGGUGCAGGAGACUUUAUCAUUUCAUCAGUGGACUUUCAUGAAAUUCAUGAUCCUUGUGAUACCGAGGAGUCGUUUCUGACUCUUUCACUUUUUAUACCAAUAAACGAGUGUAAACCCUGACCCUUAAA